UCAAAUAAGUCCGUCUUUCUUGUCCUAAUCAAAAAUAAACCCCCAUCCUCCCCUCCAUGCUUUCAUUCCUUGGGAUCGCUGCCGAGAUCGGUUGAGACGUCGUUCGUUUCCAUCGACCAACCUUCUCUCUCCUCCUCCUCCGGCUCUCUCUCUAAGCCACCGCUCCCAAUAGAUCAAAUCACAGAAUUGGGGAGAAUGGUGUGAGGAUUAUUGGGUCAUCGAGGGAGGGAGGGAGGAAGACAAGAUGCAGAGCCGAGGAUCGGGCCACCGCCUGCGGGGGCUGUUUCUUCGCUCUCGGAUCUCCUCGGUGAUGCUCGCAAUGUUCGCCACCAUGGCCUCCUUCUACGUCGCCGGCCGUCUAUGGCAGGACGCAGAAAAUAGGGUUUAUCUCAUUACAGAACUCGAUCGGAGGACCGGCCAGGCGCAGUCCGCUAUAUCAGUUGAUGAUACACUGAAGGUAGUAGCUUGCAGGCACCAGCAUAAGCGAUUAGCAGCACUUGAGAUGGAGCUGGCUGCAGCGAGGCAUGAAGGUUUUGUUGGGAGUUACUCUUCUGAGACUAAUGGGACUAAUAAUAGGAGAAGGCUGAUGGCUGUUAUAGGAGUCAUCACGGAAUUUGGGCGGAAGAACAAUAGGGAUGUGAUUCGGAGGUCGUGGCUUCCAACUGGUCCUGCAUUGAAAAAGUUGGAGGAAGAGAAAGGUGUCCUAGUACGAUUUGUGAUAGGAAGAAGUGCAAAUAGAGGAGACAGUUUUGACGGGGCAAUUGAUGAUGAAAAUAUGCAUACUAAGGAUUUCAUCAUUCUUGAUAAUCAUAUUGAAGUACCAGAAGAACGUCCAAAAAAGACAAAGCGGUUUUUCGCUCAUGCUGCAGACACCUGGGAUGCUGAGUUCUAUGCUAAGGUCAAUGAUGAUGUUUAUGUCAACAUCGAUGCUUUGGGAGCAAUGCUUGCAACUCAUUGGGACAAGCCCCGCGUUUAUAUGGGAUGCAUGAAAUCUGGCGAAGUUUUCUCCCAGUCGAACCACAAAUGGUACGAACCAGACUGGUGGAAAUUUGGCGAUGGAAAAUCAUAUUUUCGUCAUGCUUCUGGUGAAAUUUUUGUCAUAUCCAGAGCUCUAGCACAGUUUAUUUCCAUAAAUAGAGCUAUUCUUCGUACGUAUGCCCAUGAUGAUGUUAGUGUUGGAUCAUGGAUGAUUGGGCUUGAUGUCAAGCAUAUUAAUGAGGGGAAAUUUUGCUGCUCAUCAUCAUGGUCCUCAGGAGCCAUAUGUACAGCUGUGCGAUGAUGUGUUUUAGGAGAGAGGUUUACAAUUCAAGUGGAGUGUCCCUGGCUCUGCACCGGCCCAUCUGCAUCACUAGUUGAAAGCAAUGGGCAGCAAGUCUGACAGGAAUCCACGUCGUCUUGGAUUGGGUCUACUAGAAAGAUGGCAUGAGACCCCCAAAUCUCAAGAGGACCGUAUUCCUUCAGGAUUCAGUUCAGAAUACUACAAUGGAGCUUUGUCCCAGAAUUGAGAGAGGAAAUUUUGCCUCUAAUUGUUAGCACAUUCUUUUGUCGAGGAUGAUGAAAUUUUAUGCCGCGCGAUUGAUUGAUGGGACUACAGGAAAUCAAUUUUUACACGAGUUGCAGUUUUUGAGUUUUAAAAAUAUUU